AUGUCAGAUGAUAAGUUUGAUAGUCCAAACGUAAACAAAACUACGGGGUGUAACAAAGAUGAAUCAGAUAACAUAGAAGAGGAAAUACAAAACGUAGAGCAAGCAGACAAGGUUAUUAAUGCUAACAAGGAUGCUGAUAAGAAACAACAACCAACCAAGCAGAAUGCAGAUGAGGCAGACAACACAAGUGUUCAACAAUACAAGGCAAAAGAAAAUAAUACUAUAGAAAAAGAAAAAAGCAAGAAGGUAGAAGGUAGUGCAGAAAAGGGAGGAAAUAAAGAUAGUACACAAAAGAAUAGUCAUCACAAACAACAAAUGCAAGAGAAGAAGGGGGAUAGUGGGGAGAAAGUGAAAGAGCAGCAGGUCAAAAGUGCAGCAAAAAGUGCCAAUAAAAGACUUUCAGAUGAGCAGCAAGAGAAUGCAAGCCCUAAUAGUGUAGAUAGAGCUGAGAAAAGAGAGACAGAUGAAAUCCUUCAGAAACAAAUUGAUACAGGGCAGGAGGGGGAACAAAGUGCAGCAAGCAAUAAACAAUUAAUAACACAGUUGGAAGCUUAA